AUGCUGGUUGAUGAACCAGAGGAAGAUGAAACAGAAGCAAAUGUUGAAGGAAAUCAAGAACAGUUAUCUCCUGAAACAGAACGAUUAUUAAAAAGUAUUGAUUACAAUGUUGAAGCUGGGGAAGCAGUUGGUGAGAAGGUAGUUGAUGAUAAAGAGAAAAGUUCAUCUGAUCCUGAAGAAAGUGAUAUUGAUGUUGAAACUGAUCAAUGGAUCAAAGCAAACUUCGAUCUAAGAGAUAGAUUGAUAAAAAGGAAAAGAAAGAGGAGUGCAGACGACGAUAAAGAUGAAACUUAUGAUCCAACAACAGAAGAUGUUCAAGUAGAAAAGAGACCACCUUCUAGAGGAAGAAAGAAAUCUACGUCAAGGAAACCAACUUCACAAACACCAGUACAAACUACUCCUGGUUCGUCUGGAUUUAAAGAGUUUCCACAUGUUCCAAAGAAUAUAGGGCUUGAACAGAUCGAUGAUUUUAGUUUCGUAAACGAUGAACUUGUGAAAAAGCUGCAAAAGAAGGUGGAAGAGGUGUUAGUUGAGAAGAAGAAGUUAGAAAAGCGUGUAAAGACUGUUGAAGCUGAAAAUUCAUCUUUGUUGAAAAGAGUUGAAGCUGAUCAAGCUGAUAUUGAUAUACUAAAGGUUCGAAUAGCUGAGUUAGAAGAAGAAAAGGCUCGGAGAGAUGAACAGAAUGAGUAUUUCAAGCUGAAAAAUAAAGAGUUAGAGGCUAAUAACGCUAAGAAAGAGCAUGAAAUGUAUAUGAUGAAUAAAGUAUUGGAGAAUUUGAUCGGAAAGCCUGUUGAACAAAGAUUUGAAGAGAUCGAGCUUGAGGAAGUCAGAGCACGACGUAAGGCUGAAAUUGAAGCUGAAAUGAAAAACAAGGGUAAAGAUGUUCAAAUUGAAGGUGUUGCUGAAGUAACUGAAAGGGCAAUUGUAGUGUCUGAGCCAGAAAAAGUUCCUGAAACGUCUAUUCUUGAUCCUUGUCCAAUAUCGUCAGUUUCUGAUGAUGUGUAUUCUGCAAAUAGUGACCAUGAUGAUGAUGGCAAUGAUGACGAUGAUCAAGGUUCUGCAGGUAUAAAAGUCACUGAAGUGUCUCAUGAAGAAAAGAUUGAUGAAUAUCUUAAUGAUGAUGCUAACGAAGAAUCAGAGAAUGCAAGUGGUGAGGGGGAGCAUGAUGAUACUAAGAAUGUUGAUGAAAGUGAUGAUCACGUUACAUGA